UUCCAGGCAAGAUCGUCAGGCGCUACACUGGUCUCUCACUUAGGUGUGGUCACUUAAAUACCCAAUACCGACCGGGUCUGAGAUCAGUUCUCAAGAGUGUUGAGACAGAGAAGGACGAUGGCGUCAACGACCAGCCUGAAAAGGACCCUCUUUAUUGCUGGCUUAUUCAUCCUAAUGAUGGUGAGUGGCGUGAUGUCCGGAGGCAACAAAACUGCAGAAAUCCCAGAUCCUGUUGGUGUGAAAGGAGCUGGCGAUUCGGAGGCCGGUCGGCUGGUAAAUGACUUGAUGGCGGGCUAUGGACCUGGCUUUGUCCGGCCUGUUAUGGACUCAAACACUCCGACAGUUGUGGAAUACAGGGUGCUCAUUCACGAACUUAUUGAACUGAGCACCCAAGCCCAAACAAUCGCCAUCAAAGCUAACCUUCGGGUGUCUUGGACGGACGAGUUUCUGCAGUGGGAGCCCAGCGAGUAUGGAAACACUACUCGAAUCCUCAUCCCAAUUACUUCACUUUGGCAACCGGACAUCACCCUCCUGAGAAAUAUUAAUGAGGGUUAUGAGAUCACGAAACCAACGUCUGUUCGGGUCAACUCGACUGGACACGUCUCGUGGUACACACCGGCCUUUCUCUCCAGUUCAUGUGACGUAAACAUCAAAUACUUCCCCUUCGACGUCCAGAGGUGCGAGAUGAGAUUUAGCUCUUGGAGCUUCACCAUCGAAGACGUCGACCUACAGGUGGCCAAUGGAAGUGACGCUCGACAAUUAAGCUAUACGGAGAACGGAAUAUGGGACCUUGUGGAGGUUCAAACAGCCAGGGAGGUGAACUCCUAUUCUGCGGGGGACUACCCAGAGGUGUCUUACACCUUUGUGCUGAGGAGACGAUCCGCGUACUACUACACGAAUGUCAUCAUACCCUUCUUGUUCCUGUCUUUGAUGUGUAAUCUCAUUUUCCUUCUGCCUCCUGACGGCAAAGACGCCAAAGUUGCGCUAAUUAUAACUACUCUCCUGGCUCUGGUCGUCUUCCUCCAGAUUAUUGCUGGUGUCAUGCCGCCCGUUGGAGAGACCCCCAUUCUUGCGAGCUACUUCCUGGCUCUCAUCAUUCUCGUCUGCAUCUCCAUUGUCGUCAUGAUCUUCAUAUACGCCGUUCAGCACGGAAGCAAUCAGCCGCCUCGCUGGUUUCGUCGGCUGGUGCUGGGCUUCAUGGCCAAGGCGGUGUGCAUGUACGACAGCGCGAUGGCCGGCUACGCUGAGAAGGAGGAUCUCACCAAGGAAGAGCUCUACACCGUGGAGACCAACGCCAACACGGAACGCGCCAAGACUAGGCCGCCGCUGGAGCUGCCGCAGGGCCUGCUGAAUGACGUCACCUUCCUGCGCAAGAAGGCAGAGGCUCAAGACCUGAGCGACUUCUUUGCCUCACAGUGGCGGUACGCCAGCCGAGUCAUCGAUCGCUGGAUGCUGAUCAUCAGCCUGAUGGUGUGGGCUCUGGCUACCAUCAUUCUGCUGGCGUUGAGUAAUAGUGGCGAAUAAACUUCCUAUACUUGGCUUGAGACUUAGAGACGCAAACAGGCUUUUUAAGAGCUGUGAGCGUGCGCGCGUUAUUCUGAGCAUGCGUGAAUAUUUCCAAGCACGAGGACUGGUAUGUCUGCUCCAACCUCAUCUCAAAGUACCCUGUCAAAUUGACUCACAAUGACCAAGUCAUUGAGUGGCCAAUUUACUCACAAAAAUUUAUAUUUGGAUCUUAAUGAGAGUAGAUAGUCUGACACGAAAUGUGGGAUCUUUUGUCACUGAUCAGUUCCCUACAUCUUGUAAUAAUACAACUAACAGGUCGGAAUUUACUCUGUUGGACUUUCAGCAAGUUUAUGGUUCAUCUUGUGUUUCUGGGAAUUGGAUGUAAGUUAUGAACCACGAAAUUUCUUUUUUAAAUUUAUCGGAAUACGUUAAAGAAAAAACGAACUAAUGUACUUAACGACAUGUCUUCAAUCACUUCCUAUGCAGACCUGCUAUAACUUACGUUUAAAGCUUCUCAGUCAAAACGAAGUUGACCUCUUAUGAGUAAACUGGUAAUUAACACUAAGCGCAUGUGUACCUUUGAUUUACAUAAGCAUUUAUAAUUUAGGGAUCUAUGGUGUUUUUAUGUUGUCAAAAUAUCCUUGACAAAAUGUUUUUAAAGGUUCAGCUUUUUUACCGAUGAGCAAUCUUUUAUAUUGGUUCACCUGCUGAGGUUUUACACUUGUAGAGCAUUUUUUAGUGUUAAUCUGCUGGGAAGAAUGGAGCAUUUACGCAAAAAUUCUACAGUAACCCGUCUUUGUACAUGUAUUAUACAAUUCAGUGUUGCAUCAUUUGACGAUUAGUGCGUGCAACCUUGUUUGGACAUAGCGUGGCAAAUUGCUCGCUCUAAAUGAAGAGACUCGUAGACAAAGUCGGUGACCAGUGAAUGACUUUUUGUUCAUGAAAGUUAAGGGUUAAUCCUCCAAGAGUGAAAUGAGGUUUAUUGAAAUGCAAUGUGGUAUUUUUAAUUGCCAGUAUCUGAUUGGGAUUUCCUUUCUGUUGGAAUUUCAGCGAAUAAGUUGGUCAGCUGAUGUCAAUGGCAUGAGGUAAAGUGUGAUAUUGGAACAUUCCAUUUUUAAUAACAUAACACUUUCAGAAUGCAGUAAUCGAGCAAUUAGUGUUUGUAAAUGGAACGAACUUGAAACCUUUUUUUCAAAUAUGACAUUGUCAGUUUUGCUCGUACAGACCGUUGCUAAAAGCCCAGAGCAUAAUGACUAAAAUUGCUGGUGAUUGAUAUACGCUUACGUACAUUUUAGUUGCCUUUGCAAUGAUUGUGGAGAUUUAAUGUUUAAAUCGUGACUAACUUACCUUGUGGCUGUUUCCACUUUUUAAUCGGUAUACCGUCCAUUUUUACUACAUUUAUAAUUACAUAUAUUGAUGAACUUAUUGAAAUUCGUUUGUGGAGCUCUAGCACUUUUGAGGUGUUUUUCUGGGAAUUCUAUAGGUUAUUUACGUAUACUUCUGCAGUAAGCAGUAUGUGCUCUUAAUAUGCAAUGUGUUUGGUGUAUAAGUUAUGUCGACAAUAAACUCGUGUAACUUCGUUCAGUUGAAUGAU